AAAAGAGAAAGAAAGAGAGAGAGUGAGAAAGAACCAAGAAGGAGAGAAAGAGCGAAAAAGAGAUAUAUAUAUAUAUAUUUAUAUAUAUAAGAAGAGGGAAAGCACCACUGUCAUUCACUCACCAGCCAUGGACGGACUCACCGCAGCCGAGCAGCAGGAACUCCAGAAGCGCAUGGAGAAGAAGCAGAUCAAAGAGUUUAUGGGGGCCUAUUCCAUGAUCGUCAACCGCUGCUUCGACGACUGCAUCAACGACUUCACCACAAAGUCUCUCAUCUCGCGCGAAGAGGGCUGCGUCAACCGCUGCUUCGACAAGUUCAUGAAGACCGCCGAGCGCGUCAACCAGCGCUUCCAGGAGCAAGGAAACGCCAUGAUGCAGUCCGGCCAGAUCCCCGGCAGAUAAUCCCCUCUUCCCUUUUUCCCCUCUUCGCCCUUUCGGCUUCAAUCGUGCUUUUGGUUCGGCCUCUGCUGCAUUCUCCGGGCGCUUUUUCCUUUUUUCUUUUUUUCUUUUUUCUUUUUUUUUUAAAAUCUUUGUUGGUUUCCCCUGGGUUGCCUGUGUUCUUCUGUGGUUUUG